AUGGUUGCGGCCGAGCGAGCCCCUGUCGUCACGAUACCGCCGCUGGUUCCCAAUUGCGCUGUGAAGGAGCGUCUCAGUUUGCGGAGCAGCCUUGCGUCCGUUCAACUCCAAGAUGCGGGCCGUAUCAACGCAAAAGACGACCAAGGUGGCGGCAACAUCGACAAGGAGCAACAACAAACGGGCCAAGAUGACGCCAACAGCCUUCACAUCACGAGCCUGUUCGCAACACUGCCAAACUAUGGACCGCCCACCGCCGCCAGAAAGCUUCACUAUCUGUUUCUGAAGAUGACCUCGUUCGUCCUCAGCCUGCUCUUCCUCCUGAGCAUUGUCCUUGCGUCCAUGAUUACAAGCAUCCCCUCCUUUAUCCACAAAGCAUUUUACACAUGUACAUUCCGCAACUACGACAAGAGACGCAUAUUCUACGAGGAAGAGCAGCAUCGUGCCGACACACGGCGGGCCAAGGAGCGGUCCUGGAAGCGGCGCAUGUCCUGCGGUGACGGCUCUGUCGACCAGGAAGACCUUGCCCAGCGUUACCAGCCCACCGAAGGUGGUCGUGAUCCAAUCAUCAGCGAGGUGGCCUACUAUGCGCGUAGGGUCGGCCUCGACGUCGAAAAGAUCAAGGUGAAGACGGAAGACGGGUUCCUCAUCGACCUGUGGCAUGUCUAUGACCCGUCCGAGUACACGCGCGCGGAGGAGGCUACCGCCACCGACCGUCGCCGCGUGUUCCAGGCGUCCAAGAUGCGCCGCAAGGACCCCAACGCCAAGUGCAAGGCGCCAGUCCUCCUGCUCCACGGCCUGCUCCAGAGCGCGGGGGCCUUUUGCUGCGGCGACGACGACUCCCUCGCCUUUUGGCUCUGCAAGGCCGGCUACGACGUCUGGCUCGGCAACAACCGCUGCGGCCUCGAGCCUCGGCACGAGGUGCUGCGGCCGGACGACCCGCGCAUGUGGUGCUGGAACCUGACGCAGAUGGGCGUCUUCGACCUCGCCGCCCUGGUGGACCGCGUGCUGCUCGACACGGGCUUCCCGAAGCUCGGCCUCGUCUGCCACUCGCAGGGCACCGCGCAGACCUUUGUCGCCCUGGCGCGGGAGCAGCGGCCGGAGCUGGGCGCCAAGAUCUCCGUGUUCUGCGCGCUGGCGCCCGCCGCGUACGCCGGCCCGCUCAUCCGCAACGCCUACUUCCGCUUCGUGCGCAUGCUACCGACGGCGCUGUUCCGCGUCGUAUUCGGCGUGCACGCGUUCAUACCGUUGAUGAUGCGCAUGCACGGGCUGGUGCCGCCGCGGUUGUACGGCCGGCUCGGGUACGCGGUCUUCUCGUACCUGUUCGGGUGGACGGACGGGCGGUGGGACCGCGGCCUGCGCGACCGCUUCUUCCAGUUCGCGCCCGUCUACGUGAGCGCCGAGACGAUGCGCUGGUGGCUGGGCGGCGACGGCUUCGCGAAGCACGGGUGCGUCCUGGCCACCAGGGAGACGGUGCGCGGCGAGGACCGCGUCGACCGCGAGGACGCGCGCGAGGCGGCCGCCGGAGGCAUCGUCAGGGCCAAGACCGAGGAGGAGCUGCAGCUCUGGCGGCGGUACGGCCGCGGUGCCACCGCGUGGUACGACGAGAGGGUGCCCCCGAUGGCGCUCUGGGUUUGCGAGAAGGAUGACUUGGUGGAUGGGAAGCGGCUACUGCGCCGCUUCGGCAACGGCCGGGAGCCUCAGGUCAAGCUCGUCCACAGCAAGGUGAUAUCAGGAUACGAGCACCUGGACGUCUUGUGGGCAAUGGACGCCGUGGACCAAGUCUUUGUUGAAGUGCGCGAUGUGCUGUGGAAGACGUGGCCGAGCAGAGACGAGUGUGUUGUUCCGGAUGGCUGCGAGGGGGUGCCCGCGUGGCAACCCGCAGUCCCGCAGAGUUGA